AUAACGGUUGGUCUAUUUUAAACAAAAAAUUUAUUAAUUAAUAUAAAAUAAGCAAAUAUGUCAUCUAUAUUUCAAGGAACUUUAGCACGUAAUUUAGAAUAUGGACAUAAUUUAGAAAUCGGUGGAAAAGCACAACAUGAUGGCAGCUGGUUUAAGAUCACCGUGGCUUCUCAGCUGCCAGAGGAUGAUACCAACAUUGAUAUGGGUCUUCAGAUAUUGGUGUCUCUCAACAGCAAUAUGAUAACCUUUAUAACGGCUCAUAAUGAGUAUAAGGAAGAAUUGCAUCAUGAUUUUAAUACUGCUAUAUUUUUAGUGGAAUUUAAAAUUACCAUUGUAUUGUCAGAGCAUAAUUUUCAUAUUGCUAUCAACAAUAGACCCUGCACCAUUGUACCCUAUAGUUUGCCCUUAAAUAUUUUGAAUGCUGUAAAAAUAACCGGUCAUUUGGAUUAUAUUAAACAAGUAGAUCAUCGUAAAUAUUUUCCUUGCAUCUGGCCUCCUAUACAAAUUAACGAAGAAGCGGUAGACUUUAGUAAUGAUCAACCCAUGUCUUUUGAACCCGGUCAUGUUAUGGUAAUUAGCGCUUACUUGCUGGGUAAUUCCAAAGGCAGAUUUGUUUUACAAUUAAAAAAUGCUUAUGAACAACAACGCGAAGAGUUACAUGUUAGUGUACGUUUUGAUACACACAAGUUUGUGAGAAAUUCCAAGACCUCUAAGUGUGUAGACAAACGUACUGGUAUUGCCUAUUUGGGCUAUGACAACGAGGAAAUUGAUGACGGUUUUCCUUUUUCUGAUUUCGAAAGCCCCUUUAAACUGGCAAUUGCUUUUACCGAAACCGAAUGUUAUAUAGCCAAAGAUGGACAAUUUUUAUGCCGAUUCCAUUUUAGAACUCCUAAUGUUUUGCAAGAUAUAGUGGGUCUUAAGAUCCGAGGUAUAGAUGGUGUUAUGGUGCGGGUCAGUGGUGUUGAACAUAUUCAAUUAAAUGAUCCUCAGUGUAUAGGUUUCGAAAGUUACUCUAGUUUUUGAGUAGAAGGCAAAAGAGUCUUAUUUAUAAACAUUUAUUAA